UUGUUUUGCCCUAUGUGGAGGAAUAGCGAAGCAGUGGAGGAAGAAGAAAGAAUGGACGAAGAGAAUAUCGUGAAGUUCGUAGAAAUUUACCUGAAGAAGAAGGGAUUCAAGCAAGCGGAGCUCGCUUUCCAAGAAGAGCUUCAUAAAAGCAACAGCAGCACCGCCACUACCAACAAUAACUCUGGCGAUCUCCACUCGGACACUGAAUUCUCGAAGCUCAUUCUCUCAUUUUCACGAUCAGAGAGUGGUCCAACACAAUACUAUGAUGGAUAUGAGAAAUUAAAGUCAUGGGCUCAAAAUUCAUUAGACUUAUACAAGCCUGAGUUACUACGUGUGCUCUAUCCGGUAUUUAUCCAUUGUUUUAUGGACCUGGUGGCGAAACGACACAUUCAAGAGGGUAGAACCUUCUUCAAUAGGUUUCGUGGAGACCAUGAACUCAUGCACUCACGAGAUCUUCAGAAGUUGGAAGGAGUUCUUUCACCCUCCCAUCUCGAGGAGAUGGAGUUUGCUAAUACUCUUAGGCAAAGCAAAGUCAACGUAAAGAUGUGUCAGUACUCUUAUGACCUUAUGCUCCAAUAUCUGCACAAGUCAGAAUCCACUACGAUACUCGGUAUUAUCAAUGAGCAUAUUAAUUUCCAAGUUUCUCCUGGUCAGCCGUGUUUGAUAUCUGAUGAUGCUGAGGCUGUGACACUUAUUGGAAGCAGCCAGGAUGUAGCUAAUCAGAUAAAUAAGAAAGAAAUACAUUGGGGGUUGCUUGAAGAUUCUUUUGAAGACCGCUUAGAGAAGGGUGGAGGCUUGCUGCCUGAUUCAGAUAAGACGGAAGGAGAAAGUAAAGAGGGGGACAUGGAUGAGAAUAAGAAAAGAUCAGUAGAAAGUGGAAAGCAAGGUGCUUCGCUGAAGAAGAUGAAAAAGGAGAAAGCUGCUAGUGCAACGACCAAAGCUGUGCGUCCAGAGGCUAACACCAUUGCUGCAGCACCGCGAGUCAAACCAGAACUUACUUUACCAGUAAUGCCAACGGAAGUAGAACAAUCUAUUCUUGAAGAUCUAAGAAACCGUGUGCAGUUGAGUAGUGUUGCUCUGCCAUCUGUGAGCUUUUACACGUUUAUCAACACACAUAAUGGUUUAAAUUGUUCAUCAAUAUCACAUGAUGGAUCCUUGGUUGCUGGUGGAUUUUCCGACUCAUCACUGAAGGUCUGGGAUAUGGAAAAACUUGGACAACCGGCUGCCAAUUCUGUUUUGCAGGGUGAAGAUGAUAAUUCUCCAAGUGGACACGUCCUUAGUGCUAAUGGUGGGAAAAAGUCAUAUACACUAUUUCAAGGUCAUUCGGGGCCUGUUUAUUCAGCCAGUUUUUGUCCUCUUGGAGAUUUUGUUCUUUCCUCUUCGGCAGACACGACAAUUCGAUUGUGGAGCACAAAACUGAAUGCAAAUCUUGUUUGCUACAAGGGUCAUAAUUACCCUGUAUGGGAUGUUCAGUUUAGUCCUGUUGGUCACUAUUUUGCUAGUGCCUCCCAUGACCGAACUGCAAGGAUUUGGUCGAUGGACAGAAUACAGCCUUUAAGACUAAUGGCAGGGCACCUGUCUGAUGUUGAUUGUGUGCAGUGGCAUGUGAACUGCAACUACAUUGCCACUGGCUCUAGUGACAAAACAGUUCGGCUAUGGGAUGUACAGAGUGGGGAGUGUGUACGUAUUUUUAUUGGUCAUAGGAGUAUGAUUUUGUCAUUAGCAAUGUCACCUGACGGCCGUUAUAUGGCAUCUGGCGAUGAAGAUGGCUCAGUCAUGAUGUGGGACCUUUCAAGUGGGCGAUGUGUUUCUCCUUUGAUGGGUCACAAUUCAUGUGUUUGGUCACUUGCUUUCAGUGGUGAAGGUUCACUCCUUGCAUCUGGGUCUGCUGAUUGCACUGUUAGACUGUGGGACGUCAACACCAGUACAAAGGUGCCAAAAACUGAAGAAAAUAAAAGUGGAAGCUCAAACAGACUUAGAUCUUUAAAAACUCUGGUGACCAAGUCUUCUCCAGUAUACGCUCUGCGGUUUUCUCGUAGGAAUCUUCUAUUCGCUGCUGGGGCUUUCACGAAAAGCACGUGAACUUACUGCAGAUUAUGGCAUGGAAUAGCUUUAUUUAUCAGCUCCAGAUUAAAAAAAAAAAGCUUUAUUUAUCAGCUGAUAUUGCUAGGCAUCUAAGAUGUCAUCUAAGAAGACAGUUCGUGUAUCUUAGACAUUUGUAUUUUUUGUUGUCUUCAUAGAAUCCUUAAUUAUAUAGAAAGGCUGUUCGAUAAUAUCAGACCCAUAUCUGUCUGCAGAAUCCUGAGGUCCACAUAAUUGUGAUCUCGAUGACUCGAUGGAUGAGUGUUUUGUGCUUGAGAGGUGUAUGAGUAUCUGCUGAUGAUUAUGUUGUA